AUGAGAAAGACACUGGAAACCAGAGAAGUGAAGGAUACCAAUAAACUGCCUGUAGACACUGUUUCCUCACAGGAUAAGACUGUAAAGCCCGGAGACCAUGUUUUCAUAAAGGUGAUAAAGAGGAAGUCGUGGAACAGCCCGAGGUGGGAAGGACCGCACGUCGUCACUCUGUCCACACCCACGGCUGUGAAGGUGGAGGGCAGGACCACGUGGAUUAACCUCUCCCACUGCAAACUGAGAGACAUCACCACGCUCCUCGACACCAAAGGCGAGUAA